AUGUCGGUCACCUCGGCGUUCGGCUGCGGCGCCGCCUUCCUCAGCCACCUUUCCGCCGGGUCCCGGUCCGGUUCGACGCUGAUUCUGCUUCGUGCGGGAGGGGCCAAGCCGCGGCCAUACUCCUCGUCCCUCGCGCGUUGCGCCGCCCCCGAACUCCCUGACGUCUCCCGCCUCGCCGACACCGCUCGCAUCUCCCUCACCCCGGAAGAGGUGGAACAAUUUGCCCCCAAGAUCAGACAAGUCAUCGACUGGUUUGGACAACUUCAGGCUGUCGAUCUGGAAACCAUUGAACCUUCACUUCGAGCUGAUACUGAUGCUAGCACAAGCCAAAGAGAAGAUGCUCCAGAAACAUUUGGGAACAGGGAGGCAAUUAUAGCAGCAGUUCCAAGCUACGACGACCCAUAUAUAAAAGUUCCAAAGGUCUUGAACAAGGAGUAAAGUUUCAUUUCCUUGCCUGCUUUUUCAAACAGUAAACAGCUUGGAUCUUCAAGGUGCUUAUACCACCACUUGACUGUUAAUGGAACCUUUGGCUGUUUUGUUUA